AUGGCCGACAACAUCCCUUGCCUGUUUCCUCCAAAUGUUUUAAUGUCCGCUGCCGAAGAGCUGCAUGGAAACAUAAACGAGCAAGCACAACCUGACUUGCAACAAAGGUUUCGAAAUAUCGCCAAUCGGCCGAGUGUUCUGCCCACAAUGGAGGCAAGCGUUAGACCCAACACUCCUGAUAUGUACAACUUGCCCCCUUCGGUCACUCCUCAACCCGCUGUUUAUCCGACAAACAAGCACCUCGAUCGAGUCAUCUGUUAUGAAUUCGGAUCCCCGACGCCUCUCAAGAAAGCCAAAAUGAAAGAGGAAGAAGAAAGGCAACAACCUCUCAAGCAUCCCGGGUUACAGCCCAAACUACUACCCAAGCCAGACAACACCGACUCUCGGUCCGUACAUCUAAAGCGCCCUCAGCUUGCCAAAAUAUAG